GAUCAUCUUUUUUUUGUUGUUAAAAUCAUCUAAAUUUUUCUAUAUUUCUGUUUGUUUUGUUUUGACUCUGAACCAAAGUGAAGAUUUUUGUUUGUUUUGUUGUUGCGUCACCAAUUUGUUGCCUAAAAAACGCUAAACAAUGGCCACUAUAUUCGAAAUGGAAUUAAAUGAUUCGGAGAUUGAAGAUUUUUCGAAUUCUCAAUCAUCAUCACAACAAUUAAUUAAUAAUAAUAAUCAAUCAAGAAUUACUGGUCAUAAUCAUAAUAAUAAUAAUCAUUUACAACAAAAUAAUCAUCAUACAAAUCGUUUACUUGAUUAUGAAAUCGAAAAUGAUGAUCAAAUGAUUGUUAAUAAUGAAAUUGAGAUCGAUACGUUUGAAGCGACCGCUGAAGAAGUAAUUAAUUUAGGACCGGAAAAUAAUAGCAUUGAAUUAACGGAAGAAAUGGUAAAUUGUCAACAUCAUGAACGUGUUUCUACAAAUGAUUUUGAAUUAUUAAAAGUACUCGGUAUGGGUGCAUAUGGAAAAGUGUUUCAAGUAAGAAAAGUUACGGAUAAAAAUCUUGGAACAAUAUUUGCAAUGAAAGUGUUGAAAAAAGCAAAAAUUGUUCGUAGCAUUAAAGAUACUGAUCAUACAAAAGCUGAACGUAAUAUAUUGGAAAGUGUUAAACAUCCAUUUAUUGUUGAUUUAAUGUAUGCGUUUCAAACACGUGGAAAAUUAUAUUUAAUACUCGAAUAUUUAAGUGGUGGUGAACUAUUCAUGUAUUUACAACGUGAAGGUUUAUUGCUUGAAAAUGCCGUCAUUUUCUAUACAGCCGAAAUCAUUUUGGCUAUUGAACAUUUACAUAAAUUGGGUAUCAUUUAUCGUGAUUUAAAACCGGAAAAUAUUAUGCUCGAUCAACAUGGCCAUGUUAAAUUGACUGAUUUUGGUCUUUGUAAAGAAUCUAUACAAAGUGGUAAAAUGACUUAUACAUUCUGUGGUACAGUUGAAUAUAUGGCACCUGAAAUUCUCAAACGAAUCGGUCAUAAUCAUGCCGUUGAUUGGUGGUCAUUGGGUGCAUUAAUGUUUGACAUGUUGACCGGUAAACCGCCAUUUAUUAGUUCGAAUCGUAACAAAACAAUUGCCAAAAUAUUACAUGCUGAACUUAAAUUUCCCAAACAUCUUACACAUGAAGCAAAAGAUUUGAUCCGUAAAUUGUUAAGACGAUCACCGGAAUUACGUCUUGGAGGGGGUACAGAUGAUGCUACACCAGUUAAACAUCAUGCAUUUUUUAAUAAAGUUAAUUGGGAUGAUGUUUUUUUCAAACGACUUAGUCCACCAUUCAGGCCUGCGUUACAUUCGGAAGAUGAUGUUAGUCAAUUUGAUACAAGAUUUACUGAACAAAUGCCAAUUGAUUCACCGGAAGAAAGUUCACAUCUAAGUCGUAGUAUCAAUGAAAUGUUUAUUGGUUUUACAUAUGUUGCACCUAGCGUUUUGGAAGAAAUGAGUCGUCAUGAUGUGAUGGGACAUGUACGAAAUUAUUCCAAUAGCAAUAACAGACAUACACAACAACAACAACAGCCUCAUUCAUCAUCAAUGAUUCAUCGUAAUGAUCCAACUGGAUAAUUUCAACAAAUAUACAAAUGGCUGUUUGUUGAUUUUCUGUUUGUUUUUCUGUCUGUUUAUGUUGUUGUUUAUUUAAUUAAUUAUUUAAUUCUCUCGUUUUAAUUAUAUACCCUGAAAAAGUAUAUAUUUUUUGUGAAAUUUUUGAUCAUUAAUAAUUCUGUUUUAAACAAGAAGGAAAAAAAAGUAAAAACUGAAAAUACACACACACACA